CUCGUGUAUAAAAAGGGCACACCCCAUGCAGCACAUCCAGAAUGCAUAAGCAUAUACAUAUAUAUAUAUAUAUAUCACAACAACAAGAAGCUAAGCAUAUUUACCUACCAAAUAAGAGAUCAAGGAAGAGAGGGAGAGGCAGCUGAUCGAUCAGUAGAAUUAUUAUAGGAGAAGGAGGUACAUAUACAAAUAUCUAGGAACUAAUUAUAUAUAUAUAUAUAUCGAUGGGCAGGCAAAAGCUGUCGAUGGGGUUGGGGUGUAGGGGCGGAGCAGGAGCAGGUAGCUUAUUGAGUAAAUCGAAGCCAUACCUGAGCAUGGUGUGGGUGCAAGUUGGAUAUGCUGGAUUGUACGUUAUCAGCGUCGUCGCUUUCAGGCGUGGCUUCAGCCAUUGGAUCUUCGUUGUCUAUCGCCAUCUUGUUGCCACCCUCAUUUUCGUCCCUUUAGCCUAUUUUCUCGAAAAAAAAACAAGGCCUAAGAUGACAAAAUCCAUAUUCUUCAAGGUUGUGGUUCUCGCCUUCUUAGAGCCAGUUCUGGACCAGAACUUGUACUUCUUGGGAAUCCAAUAUACAUCCGCAACCUUUGCAGCUGCCACCGGCAAUGUUGUCCCCGCCAUCACCUUCAUCAUGGCCCUCAUUUUCAGGUUGGAAAAGGUAAAUCUGAAAAUGUUGCACAGCCUAGCUAAGGUGAUCGGCACAGUGAUCACACUCAUGGGGGCAAUGGUGAUGACACUGUACAAAGGUCCUGUUGUGGAUAUCAUGUGGUACUCCAACAACAGCGGCCAUCACCAAGCCCAAGCCCAAGACGCAGCCAAUCAGCAUUGGGUCAGCGGCACCAUCAUGUUGUUCGCUUGCAUUGUGGGAUGGUCGGCCUUCUUUAUUUUGCAAAACAAGACGUUGAAGGAGUACCCGGCACAGCUGUCAUUGACAUCUCUAAUAUGUGCAAUGGGCGUGGUGGAAAGCGGCACCGCAGCAGUGAUAAUGGAGCGGAGAAAGAGUGCUUGGGUCGUCGGCUUCGAUUCCAGACUUCUACUAGUCGUGUAUUCGGGUAUAGUUUGCUCGGGCAUCGGGUAUUACUUGCAAGGUGUGGUGAACAGGGAACGAGGCCCCGUCUUCGUCACCGCAUUCACUCCUCUCAGCAUGAUCGUCACUGCUGUCUUGGGAACCAUAAUCUUGGCCGAGCAGCUUCAUCUUGGAAGCUUGAUUGGAGCAAUCGUCAUAGUCUGUGGGCUCUACUCGGUGGUUUGGGGAAAAGGGAGAGAGACCAAAUUAGCUUCCGCAGCUUCAGAUAAACUGUCGGAUGCCGCCGAUGGCGCGGGCGGGGCAUUGCCUGUGAUGGCGGUGGUGGAGAAGGAUAUUCAGAUCAUUGCUGACGCCAACAUUUAUCAAACCAAUGUCUCUCAGGCAGAGCCAUAAUUAGAACAUGCAGUAUUGAACAGAACCUAUUCGGAUGGUCAGGCAUGCAAUAUGCAUGUACACAUUUAUGUUCAUAUGCGUUCUCAAUCCAUUUCAUCAGAAAUAUCAGAGCUCCACGAAUUUGCACCUCAUUCAUCCUUCACACAUUUUCAGCAUCGGCAUCUAUAAUACAUGUAUUGUUUGUCAGCGUGUCCCGCAAAAUAAUUUGAAUGAAGAGACCAUAAAAAAAAAAAAAAAAGAAAAAGAGAAAAAAGAAA